AAAAUAAAAAUAUUAAAAUUUAAAAACUUUAUUUAAAUAAUUAAUUAAUUAAUUUAAGGACAAUUUUAAUUGUUCAUAAAAUAAAUCGGAGUACUGACAGUUCAAGUGAAGAUUUAUAAUUUAAGUGCUAAAAAUUAAAGAUGCAAUUAUAAUUAUAAUUAUAAUUAAAAUUGUAAUUAUAUUGCGAGAUAAAUGAAUUAAAGAAGCGAUAAGAGUUUAUAAAUAGUUAUUAUAAUUAAAAUGGUUGUAAAUACAUAAAACACAAAUAAUGGAGUGUGUAUUAUGUAUAUAAUGUAUGUUGAUACUGAGUAGAGAGUUAAUAUGUCGUGUUGUAUGUUAUAUGUUCGAUCAACCGUGCAGGUUGUUGAAAAUGGAAUUGCAGUUACUUAUAUUAAAAUAAAACGGAUCCGAGGUCGUUUGGAGUAAAAGUGCUUUGCUAAGAAGAAUAUAUUGGAUUUAUAUUUUGUGUUUGUUGUUAAUACUAAUAAUAAUAAUAAUAAUAAUAAUAAUAAUUGGAGAGAUUGAUUAUUUAAUUAUGCGGCGAAAUUACGUAGUUUGUUUUUGUUAGACACUAUUUUUUGUUAUUUAUGGUAAAGAUUUUUUUGUUGAUUAAAUUAAGACGAGCAGGGGGAAUUUUUGUGGGCUUGUAAGAUGUAAUUUUUUAAUUAAAAGUUAUCAGUGUCAGUUUUGUUAGUUAUAAUGAUGAUGGCACCGAAAGUUGUCGGUGUUUUGCUGAAAAAACCCGGACAGCAAAAUCAUCGAGUUUCUUUUGCUCAGGAUACCAAAAUUCGAGGCGAGCUGUAUGUCGAGGACUUAGGUGAAAGGCGAAUGGUAUCGAUUAGGAUGGGCUGGCUAUGGGUAGAAGGAACACCAAUGAGACUUGCACUGAGGGCACUGAACCUUCGUCAAGCAUCGCCUGGAAUAUGUCAACCACAUGCACUCGCACUUGGAUUUACGUUGAGUAAUUCUAAAGGCGAUCAUCUUGCUACUUUUUGGGCAGACACAGAACCAGCCUACUGGUCAUGGGUGCGUGCCAUAGCCUCGGAACUGGUCCGUCAGACGCCAUUUCGUGCCCAGCGGUGCCUAAAUUUCCUUGAAAUCCUGAUGAUCUGCCCAAGAGGCCAAAUAUCCCUACCGGAGUCACCACCAGAGUCACGUCGUCGCUCUAGAAGCGAGUUGCGCUGCUGGAUAGGCAACGACUCUCCCUUAGACAAGGAUCUGAGCAUCCGAUCUAACAUCCUAAUCGAGGACAAUCGUCGACGAGCGCGAAGCGAAUUACGCUGCUGGUCCAGCAGUAAUUCUAGCGACGAGGACGCGAUAAUAAUAAACGAGUACCGAUCCCCACCACUGUCAAUUCUCCCGAAAAUCCCGCCCACCAGAGUCUGGGGCUGCAGUGAGAGUAGUGAGGGAAGCGACGACAGCCUACCCUGGGCUACUAUUACCCCCACUUCUACGCUAUCCUCAACCCCCACUCCGAUUCUGACGUCACCGAUUCCCCUUCCAGAGGCUCCGACAAGGGAGCAGCGCAUUCAGAGGUAUAAAGAGGCCAGACGUCGCGAAAAUGAAGCACGGAGUCGUCGAGUUCUUGAGGAAGACGCUAGAAAACGACGCGCUAGAUUAGAGGAAAAUAAUAAUUGCCAUGAUUUUAAUAAGUACUCGUUAAUCAGAUUCAGAAGAUCUAAUUCUAAUGAAGACAAUCUAAUUAAAUCUAUUGAUGUUGUCGACUCUAAUAAUUCUAAUAAUUAUUUAAAUUCUUUUGAUAACUCUAAUAAUUAUUCUAAUAAUUCUAAUAAUUCUAAUAAUUACUCUAAUAAUUCUAAUAAUUCUUCUAAUAAUUUGAGGCUACCUCCAAUAAAACCAGAAAAAUUAGAUCUUAAAGUAUUAGAAGACACGCGGAAUAAUAACAAUAAUAAUAAUCGAAAAAAUUCCGAUGAAAUUAAACAAACAAAAUUAGAUUUAGGAGAACGACGAAGUCGAGCCCGAGAAAGAAGAACGGUAAGAUCUGAUUCUAAUUGCAAAUUAAUAGACAAUAAAGACCGCUGUGUAAUUGGAUCUCGAAUUCCAAUAUCAUUAGAUCUAAAAGUAAUCGGAUCUAGUAUUGGAAUUGAAAGGAGGUCGCCAGUUGCCAAAAGUGAAGUUCUAAUUAAGGAGAUUCCAAUUAGUCCAAUUCAGGUGGUAGGAUCUAAUAAUACUUCAUUGACCGGAAAGAAGUCUCCUUGUGAAGAAGACGUUGCUAAAUUAUUGGCGAGAUGUCAGAGGGUCGACCAUUAUGUGCCGGUAAAGGAGAAACUUACGUUAUUCGAGUCGCUUUCGAGAAUGGGAGGGAGAUUGGCGAGAAGUACUGAAGAUUUGGGACGAACUUCGGCGCAGCCUAGUCCCAAGGGCAAGCAGAGAGCAAGAUCGCUGCAUGAUUUGAACAGAGGGGUCAAGACUGUUCCGGUGAGGGAGAUGUGUCGGUUGUUUGAGGGGGAAAAAGAGGGGAAGAGUGCGGAGGUGAGGGCGAAGAGUGAGGCGCCGUGUGUGAGGGCUAGUACUAGGAGAAAACAAUAUGGGAAGUAAGGUGGUUAUUAGAUCUAGGUUUUGUGAUUGAAAUUUAUUUAUGAGAUUAAAUUGUUGUAAUGUGUUGAAAUUGAUGCAGUUUUAUGAUUAUUGGAGCUGUUUUGAUCUAAUUUAUUAGAUCUGGCUAUGGGAUCUAAUUUAUUAGAUCUGAAUAUUGGAUCUAAUUUAUUAGAUCUGGCUAUAGUCUAAUUUAUUAGAUCUAGCUAUUGGUUCUUAUUAAUUAGAUCUGACUAUAAGAUCUAAUUAA